AUGGAAGAGGAAAACCAAGAUCGAACUUUUGCAGUUUGGCAAAUGUUUAAUGUGCCCACAAUGGUCUUGUUCAAUAAUUUAGAUCAUGCAGAAGAUGGUCUGGAUCGAUUGUUAACAUCAAUAUUAAAACUCUCUGGAGACCGAUCGGAAGUAUUAGUACCCCGUCCCGGUUGUUCAAAGUGCCUAGAAGUUUAUUAUUCUGCCUUCAAUACAUGGUUGUUGGGAAGACUAUUCUUUGUGUGUUCUGUACCUGAACUUCAAAGAAUUCACUCUGCAAGUAAAGAUGCCCAAUUAAAAGUAUUAACUGUGUUAUGUAUGAAUAAAGCAUCAUUUUUUCAUAAGUUACAUGAAGAAUAUUAUUCGAUACUGCAAAAACUAACACAGUUCUAUAAGGAAUUUCCUAAAGAAAAGACUGAAGUAGUACUUAAGAACUUUACACCUGACAAUGUUAAUAUUCCACAAGUAAACCUUAACUUGGAGCCAAUUUAUGUCUGCAUCAAAAAUAUUGAAACAUGUAAAAACUUAAUAGACAUAGUUCUACAACUGUUAUCAGAAAGCAUCCCCCCCACCCUGAUAUAUGAAAAGAAAGUGGUGAAUAAAAACUUAUUUCAUUUAGCUUUGAAUAUGUUGGAACAUUUCAGUAUUGAUAUUAAAAUAGUAUGUUUUAGAUUUUUUGUUGAACUUAUAUCCAACAUAAAAAGUGUAUCUAUAAUAGAUUUUCAUUUAGAUUAUGAAAGUGUACAAUUAGAUUUUUUGCAUCUAAUAGAAACAUUUGUUCAAUCUGUUGCUGUUUUAUAUGAAAAAGGAGAAAUUAAUGAUAGGUACCUCAGUAGUUUAAAUUUAUUACUUCUUAAGUUAUUGAAAAUUAUACACCACCACCUUGAUAAGAGAAAUCUAGACAUAAUAUUAAAUAUCUGUACAAUAGUUCUAAAAAGGACAAAUAGCAAAUUAUUUAGUAGAGACUUGAAAUUAUUUUGCUUAUCUCUAAGCAACAUUGUAGAAUUUCCUAAAGAUAUACUUGAAAUUCAAAACCGAGAUGAGUGUGAAAUUGAAAAUUUACAUAAAUAUUAUACAAAAAGCAUAUUAGCCACUUUAUCUGAUGAAACAAAUAAGGCUGUGCUAAAAGAAAACUGGUUUUAUAAUGAAAUAAUAGAAGUUAUAAAGUCAGUAAAGUUGUGUGAAGAUUUACAUGAUGAAUUUAUAACCACACAUCAUUUACAAAGAUGUAGAAUUGCAUUAAAAUUAUUGCAAUAUGUUCAUGGUGCAUAUAGAAAACAAACAUGCAAAGAAUUUGAUUUUUUAAAUAAAGACAUCAAAAGAUCUGUAUGGACAACAUUCAUAAAAAAGAUAAAAAACAGAAGUAUUAUGCUUGAGGAUCUAGAUACUAUUAAAUUAACAAUGGAAGUGAUUCUUGGCAUAAAUUUAUUAACUGAAAGAGUAACAAACGAGGAGGUUGCUGUAAUUUUCCAAAUAAUAUGUCUACAAUGCCAUGAACACUUCUCAGAGCAGAAUUUAUUAUUCAGUGACCAAGUUAAGGCUGUGGUAUUAAAAUAUUUGUUGAUCAAUAAAUUAGUAUUAGGUAAAGUUACAGACGCAUGGAACAAAUUGAUAGUCACCUUCUAUAGCUCGCUGUUGAGAAGUAAAUCUGCAAGGUUACAGGUAAUACAAUUAGUACCCUUACUUUUGAGUAACAAAAUUAUAUCAACCAGCAAAGCGAUAAGUGAUAUUUUUAUGCCUGCGUUUCUUCAAAAAGACAAAGAUUUACAAAAUACUAUAGCCAGUAAAUUAUCUAUGUUAGUAUGUAUGUCUCUCAGUACAUAUAGUGUUGUUAAAACAAAUGAACCAAUUGGGUAUGUGUUGGAUGAAAAAUGGGAUGUUUCUAUUGUAUGUCAUGAAUGCCAUAAAGAUAAAAAUUCAACAAACAAUUAUUCAGAAACAAUCAAAAAGACAUAUAGACAGUAUUGCUUAGAAACAAAUGCUUCAACACUGACCAAUAUUUCAUCAACAAAUGGUUUGAAGAACUUGUUUGGAAAGUUUUUGAACUAUCAACAAUAUUCUGAUUUAGAUAUAUCUGAAUUUUGGGCUACAAUUGGAGAAAUCAGCAAACAUUAUUAUGUAUUUGAUUAUGGAGUUUCUACUGCUGUUAUUAAUCAGCAAAACACCAAAUAUAUUUUGAAAGCUUUGAAACCAUUCCUUCAGUGUACUGAUGAAAAUGAAGAUUCCCCAACCCAAGAAACUGUUUUUAAUAUUUGCAUAAACUUACUACUGAAAUCCACUCAAGAGAGUUUAGAAACAAAUGACUAUAAUAUGCAGACAGAAACCUUAGAUUGUGUUAAAGAACUUGGUUUAUGUCGCAAUGGUAAAGUGAUUUUGCCGGUGACUAAACUUUUAGUUUACUUUAUAAUGCAGCCGCAGUGUUCUCUUGCCCCUAAAGCAGUUGUUUAUCUCAGGGAUGUUUGUGAAUUCCAAGGGUACACCCCUAACCAAACAUACCAAAGAUAUAAAAAGGACUAUUGCCGACUCUUCGUCGACUGCAGUCUCAAUAAUGGCAAAGAUUUCGCAGUAGCACUGCUUAAGGUCGUCAGAGCCUUCGGAUUUGUAGGCUAUAGGGACUUUAUCUCCAAGGAUGUUCACCACUUUCUGCCAUAUUUGAUGCCCUAUUGCAUUACUAUAAAGGAAGUUCCCUUUAUGAUUGAAGAGAUCGCGUCUUUAGUCCAAUGUUCAGUAUCAGAUUUCCUCAUAGAAAGAUUUCCGCAUAUAUAUGUACAUAUCUAUCUGACAGAAAAUAAAGAUGUUUCCAAAAAAUGCUACGGCAUUAUUGAGAAGUUGACCAAAAUGUCGGUUUUAAAUUUGAUUAAAAGACAUUUUAGGAUCAUACUAACGGAGUUCCUCUUACAAUAUUGUUGCGAUCCAGAAAAAGUGUUAAAUGCGUGCAGAUAUUUAGCAUGCCACGAUCCGGAUGUAUCCACUCCUCAAGGAAGUUUAUCUAUGAGUACAACUCAGAUAGCAGAUUUUUUAAACCCUAAAUUUCUUGGAGUGUUAGCGUACUUUGAUCAUAAAUUAGUGAACGCAAAGGUAGCAUUGUCAGUGAAGAGAAAAGCUUUGAAAAGUUUUCCAGACAUAAUACAGUUAAUGGGAGUAAAAUACCUAACACCACUGAGAUAUAAAGUACUCGCUACUUUGAGGUCUGCUUUGCCUCUCGUAAAAGAGUUCCCAAAGAUUCUAGCGGAAGCAUGGAGCGCUUUCAUUCAUAACAUUGAUACCAUUUCAUUAGGACCUCUGUUGCCCAAUCUUGCUGUUUCCUUAUUACAACAAAUUCAGUACGCGCCGCAAGAGAUCAACAAAAUUUUUCAAUACCUAAUUCUAAACAAUGAAAACUUAUUGAGUUCCUAUAUUUCUGAACUAUUUUUUGUCGACGAUGCGAAAAUAUCCGAGAGAGUAAAGAGCGUAAUUAAAAAACAUGUAAGGAGAACUCAGCCUGACGGUUUCUUGGAGAAAAUAAAAUGGUAUUUGCAGCAUUUAAAUCAAGAUAUUCCGAGCAUAAAGGCAUAUUCAUUUUCUCGUUUGAAUAAACUGUUGAAAUGUAAUAGAAAAGAGUUGCACAAGGCUAUAUUUGGUGGAAAAAACAUUGAUCCUGUUAUAGUAGAACUUAUCGACUGUCUCUUAGUUGGUUGCAAAGACCCCAAUACCGAAGUAAGUGCUUCGAGUGGGUCAUGUUUGGGUCAAUUGGGAGCCAUAGAGGCCGGUCAUUUACCGAGACAAUACGUACAACCAGAUCGCUCACCAUUUGCCUUUUCUAUUAAUGAUAAUUGUUUUGCUGCAACCGCGCUGAUUGAAUUGACUAGAGCUUUUCAGUAUGAGAAAGAUACUAUGAACAUGGACUGCUACGCUCUAACAAUACAAGAAAUUCUGAAAAUCUACGACAUUUCACCAACAGGUUCCAAAAAAGACGUGUGGGAUAGUUUCCCCGAGAAUAUGCAUCAAAUAAUGCUCCCUUUACUCAGCUCUAGAUACACAUUGGCCUAUCCGUCUCAGCCAAAAAAGGCUCAUCCACUAUUUGGAUCCGUGUACGCUACUACCUUUUUAGAAUGGUCGCAUAAUUGGUCGGGACAGUUGAUACCUCUGAUAGAAUCGGAUAAUAUAAGGGAAUUACUUCGAACGGUACAUCCAAGCAUGCGGCGUGACGUCAGAACUCUGUUUUUGUUUCUACCCUACGUACUGUUACAUGCAGUGAUGUCGAAGAAUAACGUUCAGUAUAUCCAAGAGGAAAUGUUAGCGGUCAUAAAUACGUGCGCUGAAAUUUACGAAAAUGACGUCGCAAUUACAUCUGAACGAUCGAAGUAUAAAAUGAUACGCCAUAUUCGAAUGACGCCUAAUAUUAAUUAUAUACAGGCGGAGGAAGGCAACCAGGGAAAAUAUAGCAAGACUGUCUACACUCUUUUAGAUUUCCUAAAUAGAUGGCUUCUAGAGUGGAUGCAUACUAAGCAGCGUCCUCAUGAGAACGAGAAUUAUAAGGCAAUACAAAAGUUUAUAGAGAAAUUUGAUAAAUUGGCAAUAGCGAGAGGCAAUUUCGCAUGUGGGGAGCUGGAAAGGGCUCUACAGUACCUCGAGUUAUACAUGGAUGGUGAUAAGCAGAGGAUCCAGAGUCAGUUACCAUUUCUGGCUGAAAUAUAUGCAUUGUUGGAUGAACCUGACUCUGUUGCUGGAAUUUUAACGAUAAAGCGAUCAGAACCAUCCUUGAAGGAGUUAAUACUAGCGCAGGUAGUGACAGGACGGUUGCAAGACGCGGCGCUUUGCUACGAGCGGCUUGCGCAGGAGGGACAGCUUGACAGACAUAGUCUUCAGGGUAUGAUCGACUGUUACUUAGGUUUGGACCAGCCAUUUACAGCUUAUCGACUAUUAAGUGAACAAGAAGUAGAUGACACUAUGAUGGAAUUAUCUGCUGAACCCUUAUGGAGAUUGGGAAGAUUUGAACAACUGGAUGAAUUAGUCUCUAAAUCAGUGCCAUCAUCACGUGAAAACUGGGGUCUGUUAAUGGGCCGAAUUCUACUGUCGUAUCGUAAGCAAGAAGAGGAUUAUUUCAAAGUGUCAUGCGCAGACGCAAGGAACAGGCUUCUAUUGCAAAUGGAUGCGGAGACUCGCGGCGAAAGUGCGUUACGUAGUGGUUAUCAAAGUGUUUUAGGUCUCCAUAUCAUAUCAGAAGCCGGACAUGCCGAGGAAGCUCUGAAAGGGCUCAAAAAUAUCCAAGAUGGUGAAAAUUAUGGUGAUGAAUUAAUAAGUAGUUUACUCGACGAAUGGAGGCAGAGAUUGUCUGUAGUACAAUCUGAUGUGAGAACUGUGGAGCCCUUAUUACGUAUAAGAAGAAUAUUAUUACAACAGACACAGGAGUUAUUGGAACCAACUCACCCGAUGACGUCAAGUAAACUCCGAUCUUGCAUCGGGGACUUGUGGCUUCAAAGCGCAAAACAUGCAAGGAAAGCCGGAAUUUUUCAACAGGCAUACAUGUACAUAUUAAACGCAGAGGAAUAUCAACCAGAACAGUUGUUUAUUGAAAAAGCCAAAAUGUACUGGGCUAGAGGACAACAGGAGCAGGCGUUUACGACCUUACGACGAGGGUUAGAUGAUGCCUAUCCGCAACUCGAAAAUCUUAGCCAGGAACAAAGAAAAAUAUGUGCUAAAGCAAAGUUACUGAUCGCGAAAUACAACGAUGAAACAACGAAUGUGGACGUUGACGUUAAUAUUGGGUACUACAAGGAAGCAGUUGAUGUUUUCAAGCAAUGGGAGAAGAGUCUUGUAUGUUUGGGUUCUUAUUACGAGAAAGUGAGUAGUUCUGAAGUAGCAAGCGAUAAUGGUGCCAUGUGGACUAGACGUAUUUAUGCUUUGAACAGUUAUGGGAAAGCUUUACAAUAUGGACAUAAAUAUUUGUACCAGAGCAUGCCUAGGAUGCUGUCAAUAUGGUUGGAUGUAGAAGUGACGUCAUCAGAUACAAGUAUCCACUCGGUGCUUGCGCAAAUGACAGAAAUCAUCAAAACUUAUUCUGAAAGACUACCAAUAUACCUUUACUUGACUGCCUUCUCGCAAAUUGUGUCCAGGAUAUGCCAUCCAGUUAAAGAGGUGUACCUUCAACUAAAAGCAAUAAUAGUGAAACUGAUAAUGGCCUACCCUCAACAUACAUUAUGGAUGAUGCUCUGUGUAGUGAAGUCCAGUUACCCUCAACGAAAAAAGCGAUGUGCUGACGUGUUUGCUGACCCAAGACUCAAAGAACCGCAUAUGUUGAAACUCGUGUCUGAUUUCACACUAUUGGCUGAGAAGUUGAUAGAACUCUGCAAUAAACCUAUUGCUGAAAGUGGAUCUACAACCAAAGUAUCAUCGCUAGUCCAAACUCUUCCGCGUCUUCUGGCAAAGGAUAACUUCAGCCAUAUAAUGAUGCCGUUCCAGGAGUUUUGUAAGAUCGUUCUGCCAUCAAAAGCGGCUAGACAGGAACGCAUAGAUUUUAAUAUACCCGCGGCGCCACCUGUCUAUAUCGCAGGUAUAGAGGAGCAAAUACAGAUAUUGCCGUCUUUACAAAAACCGAGGAAAGUCACGUUGAAAGGUUCAGAUGGUAAAUCGUACAUAAUAAUGUUGAAACCUCGAGACGAUCUCCGAAAAGACUUUCGUCUGAUGGAAUUCAAUGCGGUUGUGAACAGGUUCCUUCAAGAUGCGCCAGAAACCAGACGUAGACGGCUUUAUAUUCGAACCUAUAGUGUUUUACCCCUGAAUGAGGAAUGUGGCCUUAUCGAGUGGGUCCCAAACCUCGUAGGCUUAAGGCCGGUGCUUAUACAUAUUUAUAAGCAAAAAGGUAUCCAUACAAGCAACCGCGAGCUAAAAGAAAUGAUGUGCCUCAACAAAGAUCCAGUUGAUAAGAAACGGCGUAUAUUCGAGCAGCAGCUGCUUCUUAGACAUCCACCGCUCUUCCAGGAGUGGUUUAGGAGGGUCUUCGCCGAUCCAUAUGGAUGGUAUCAAGCGCGAUCGGCAUACAUCAGAACUACAGCAGUAAUGUCCAUGGUGGGAUAUAUUUUGGGACUUGGCGACCGACACGGCGAGAAUAUAUCCUUCGACUCGACCAAUGGUGAUACAGUUCAUGUAGACUUUAAUUGUCUCUUUAAUAAGGGCGAGGCUUUUGAAUGGCCUGAGAGAGUGCCUUUUCGUCUCACGCAUAAUAUGGAGGCUGCUAUGGGACCACUAAAGCACGAGGGGAUGUUUAGAAAAAGCUGCGAAGCGGUAAUGCGUGCGUUACGAGAACAAACAGCAGCGUUGAUGUCAGUGAUUGGUCCGUUCGUGUACGAUCCCUUGGUAUCGUGGGGUCGAGCACGCCUUGACUGCGCUGAAAGGACGAACGAACAAGCUUUACAUCAUUUAAGACAUAUAAAACAAAGACUCAAUGGCAUGGUUAAAACGAAGAAUAAGCAGCUAUCUCUUUCCCUGUCUGCAGAAGGUCAAGUGGAACAUCUCAUAGUUGAAGCUACGAGUGUACACAACCUGUGUCAGAUGUAUAUCGGAUGGGGACCAUUUUUGUAA